CUCCUCAUUUCUCAUUCAAUUUAUUCACAACUUUCUUGGGCCCUUUUUUUGACUUCUCCCACAAUUGGAAACUGCGAAGUAAAAUAUUCAGGUGGGGAGAAUUAUUUAUUUUAAUUUCUUUACUUUCGGGUGUUUUCCCAAAAUUAUUCUACAGUGCCUGUGGGUUCAGUGACCCAAAGAGUUUUGAUUUAUUGCAAUGUCCUUGCAAGUGCUCCCCAAACUACUUUUUAAAACUAGAACCCCACUCGGAGGCUUGAAGACUGUCGUGACUCCUGUGGAUUCCACUGCUGCCUAGGAGUUUCCGACUUCAUCCAGCGAAGCCUUGGACUGUGGGUUCAGAGUCAUUUCCUGAAGGUUGAUGGGUUUAGCGUGUAGUGGAGAUGUAAUUUUGGACUUUGCCUUUGAGCAGCGGAUCCAGUUCCUGAAACACUGCUACUGCCUCUGGUUUCAGUUUUUGUAAAAGUAGUGGUUUGAAUCCCGCCUGUCUGCAAACCAUCUGAAUUCGGAUGCAUAGCCCGUAAAGGUUGUGCUUUGUAGCCUGCCUGGUUCGCACGACGUGUGAAGGCUGACUUCUGGAAUUUGGCAGCUCUGCCCCCCCCCCCCCCCCGCUAUUCCCCUGAGGCUGGAGCGGAUUGAAGUUCGGGAUUCGCGCGAAGUCCUCGCGUCAUUGAAGGGCUCGCCCGGAGGGGAGUAAAGAUGGCAACUGCAGAGUUCAGCUUGAAGAGAGUGGCCUGGCAGAAGAUCAAGAAACAUGUAUUGGAGGACUGUAAGACAGAAGGAGAGUGGAAGAUACUUAUUUUGGACCAUUAUACCACAAAGCUGCUUUCCUCUUGCUGCAAGAUGUCUAAUGUUAUGACUGAGGGGAUUAGUGUUGUUGAAGACCUACACAAGAGCCGUGAACCAAUUCCAAACUCCAAGGCUAUCUACUUCAUUACUCCAACAGAAAAGUCAGUCAGUGCACUAAUAAAUGACUUCAAAAAGAAGCAUUCCUACAAGUAUAAGGCAGCCUACAUUUACUUCACUGAUUAUUGUCCUGAUAACCUCUUCAGUCAACUAAAGACCACAUGUACCAAAGCCAUAAAAUGUUGUAAAGAAGUGAACAUUUCCUUUCUUGCAUAUGAAUCUAAGGUGUUCACCUUUGACAUUCCCAAUGCAUUUCACUCCAUCUAUAGUCCAGAAACAACAGAUAAAAUGACCACGUUGGGGAUGGUGGCUGAUAAAAUUGUGACACUAUGUGCAACUUUGGAUGAAAAUCCUGGAGUGCGAUACAGACUGGAGCGUGAAAAUAACUACAGGGCUACUGAAAAUAAUGCAGAAUGUCUUGCAAACAUGGUAGAGGAAAAGUUGGCAGAAUAUUACAAACUAGAUCAGCAAAACAAUAUGAAGGGAAAAACACAGUCACAGCUUUUGAUUGUUGACCGUGGAUUUGACCCAGUAUCAACGAUAUUGCACGAGCUAACCUUCCAAGCAAUGGCAUAUGACCUGGUUACAAUUGAGAAUAAUAUUUAUAGAUACCAAAUAAAGGAUGAAAGUACAACCAAAGAGGCCCUUUUGGAUGACGAUGACGAACUCUGGGUAAAAUUGCGGCAUUUACAUAUUGCCGAAGUUAGCGAAAAAAUUCCCAAGUUGGUAAAGGAACUUUCCAAAAGCCAUCAGACUACUGAAGGAAAGGUCACUCUCAGCUCUUUAUCACAAAUGAUGAAAAAGUUGCCCCACUACCGAAAGCAAAAGACCAAGCAAACAGUUCACCUGAACUUGGCUGAAGAUUGCAUGGGGCACUUCCAUGGAACAGUAGAAAAACUCUGCAAGGCUGAGCAGGACCUUGCCAUGGGAGCUGAUGCACAACGGCAAAAAAUUAAGGAUCCAAUGAGAAUCAUUCUACCCAUUUUGCUGGAUAAGUCCAUCAAAAGUUAUGACAAAUUAAGGAUCAUCUUGCUCUAUAUCUUCCACAUGAAUGGUACUACAGAGGAGAACCUGAGAAAGCUUAUCCAGCAUGGAAAGGUUACAGAGUACCAUAAUAUUAUUGAAAAUUGGAAGUUUCUUGACGUACCCAUUUUCUCUGCUGAUGGUCAGAACCAUAAACUUUCUCGGAAGGAUCGCAGUGACGAGGAGAGCUACCAGCUUUCCAGAUGGACACCAUUCAUUAAAGAUAUCAUGGAGGAUUCCAUUGCAAACAAGCUUAAUUCCCUGGAAUGGCCUCAGUGCUCAGGCUGUAGUUCUGCUCGGAAUGACUCUGGAGCUGUAAGUGCUCGUCAGGGGAACAAAAGCAAUAUUCAAGAUGACCGUAGAGGUGUGAAACUAAUCAUAUUCAUAAUAGGAGGUGUCACUUACUCGGAAAUGCGUUCUGCAUAUGAAGUUUCUCAGAGCAAUGUUAAGCAUUGUGAAGUGAUUGUUGGGUCAACUCAUAUUCUUACACCCACAAGACUACUAGAUGAUCUGCAGAACCUGAACAAAUGAAAGCGAAAUGUUUGAAUUAAACCAGUCACAUAUAGAUUUCAGCAAAUACGAAAGAUAAGGUUUUGUAUGGUUAAUCUUAUUUACCUAAAUAUUUUGAUGAUUUGGAAUUCACAAAUGUGUUGACUAGUGUAAAGUGCCUAAAGUAAUGUAAUUAAAAUACUGUAAAUUAUGGCUCCAGCAGAGUUCCAUUGACAAAGGAUUUUCCCUUUAGAUCUACUGCCUAAAACAGUUGUAUACACAAGAAUGCCAGACUGUAGUUUAUAAUUCGGGUGUCACUACUAUUGCAUGUAUUUUAUAAAAGCAAUAACUAUAUGGGUGUAUUUUCAGAGAUUUAUGUUGAUUGUAGUCCUUGUAUAUUUUAUAAACAGCAUUUUGAAUAUAUUGUCUAAAGUAUAUAUUUAUGUCUAACAUGGGUCUUAAAUAAAAUUGUUAAAUUUACAAUUUCCAGUUGUAAAAGAAAAAUAUCUGUGUAAUGAAUGUUACAAUGUAAAUGCUUUUGACAAACUCCGUAAAACUUUGUCAAAGCUAGGGCUUUAUUAUGUGAAAUCAAUGUUCUUUAAUUUUCCAAACAGGUAAAACUAUGCACUUCUAUAAACAAAGAAAACAAAUUUAGAACUGGUGCAAUCUGUAAUGUGAUUUCAGCACAGUAUUAGAAUAAUGAAAAUGUGCAGGAUGUUCCUGGAAAUUCCGUUAUACUCACAUGUAUAGUUAAAAUGCAACACAUUUGUCAGCCUUGAGGCAUAAUCCACCCAGAAAGUGCAUUGUAUUUUUUUUGGGGUGCCAAUGCAAUUCUAGUAUGCAUAUGAUGUGACGGUAAAGGUCAGUGAGGGUAGGAGGGGUAGAAUUCUUCUUGUGAGUCUUGUAACUAUUUGCAUAGGCUAAUUCUCACUGCUUUAUUUUGUUUAUCCAUUAAAUGCUAUAAAGGAGAGUGCACGUCAAUAUUUUUUGGAAAGUGCUGAACAUCUGACAAAGUUAUAAAUUGUUUUGAAUUUGUUCUAUCUUCUGCCUAGCUAUUAAACUAACAACUAUA